CUGACGUUAGUCACAUGACACGGCCAGGAAGAAAUUCAGACCGAGUGGUACUUGUCAUACAGCUUUUUAGUUUUUCUGAGACGUUGUUUACCAUCCACAUUCCUUGGUGGGCGUAAGAAGGACAUUUACAGAAACAUUUGUUGCCCUCUGAUAUGGUUCAUGUCAUAGCCAAAACAUGCUGCACUGUUAAUGGCUGAACUAUGAAGGCACAACUUCAAGUCACUGUUCUGUCGGCCAAACUGAAGGAGAACAAAAAGAACUGGUUUGGCCCCAGUCCGUACGUGGAGGUGGCUGUGGACGACCAGUCGAAGAAGACGGAGAAAUGCAACAACACCCACACCCCCAAAUGGAAGCAGUCACUCACAGUAAUUGUCACACCCUUCAGUAAGCUCAUUUUCCGGGUAUGGAGUCAUCAGACGCUGAAGGCCGACUUCCUAUUGGGCGUGGCCACAUUGGACAUGAGUGAAACCCUCAAGUCCAAUGAUAUGAAACUCUCUGAGGUGGUGCAGAUCUUACAGCUGUGUUCAGACCAGGACAACACAGACGUGGUGGGAGACCUGUCCAUCUGUCUGGAUGGCGUGCAGGUGGACCCAGAGACCUUUGCUUCUGCAGAGAGAGACCAUGCAGCUACUGCUCCCAACAGGGACGUGAGGCAGAACGAAGAUGGAGGCAACAGGUCCAGCAGAGACACGUCACCUUCCAGUGACUCUACAGAGGACUGGGUGAUCAUCCCCAGUGGCCACGAGAUCAACUGCACGGUGUCUCCCGCCCCAUCCCCAGGGGGCUCCAAGUCCACACGCCCCCCCAGACCUGCUCGUCCUCCUCCACCCACCCCUCGCAGACCAGCCGCCUCCCCAGCGUCCUCUAGCAGCUCCACUCCCAGCGACGUGAGCGAGCCCACGGCUUCAGGCGGCUCCUCCUCAGACCCCCCUCCCGAGAACGGCGCAGAACCCCCACCCCCACAGGCAGCCAGCACCAGCGGACCGGAAGCCAUUGGGGCACCCCCAGCCGGAGGGCUCCCCCAACUCGGCCCUGUCAGCAACGGCCCACUGCCACCGGGCUGGGAGCAGAGGGUGGACCAGAAUGGGCGCAUGUAUUACGUGGAUCACAUUGAAAAGAGGACGUCAUGGAACCGACCCGAUUCUCUCCCCUCUGGGUGGGAGCGGCGAGUGGACCCAAUGGGCAGGGUGUACUUCGUGGACCACAUCAGCCGGACCACCACGUGGCAGCGCCCUACGCAGGAGUCGGUGCGUAACUUUGAGGAGUGGCAGCACCAGCGCAGCCAGCUGCAGGGGGCCAUGCAGCAGUUCAACCAGAGGUUCAUAUUCGGGCUCCAGGAUCAGCAAAUAGCCGCAGCAAACAAAGAGUUUGACCCGCUUGGGCCGCUGCCACAUGGCUGGGAGAAGCGAACAGACACCAACGGCAGGGUAUAUUUUGUUCACCACACAUCGCGGAUGACCCAGUGGGAGGACCCACGGACGCAAGGGCUGCUUAAUGACAAGCCUCUACCUGAAGGCUGGGAGAUGAGGUUCACUGUGGACGGCAUUCCCUACUUUGUGGACCACAACAGGAGAACCACCACCUACAUCGACCCUCGCACAGGCAAAUCCUCCCUUGAAAAUGGGCCUCAGAUCACCUACGUCAGGGACUUCAAAGCCAAAGUGCAGUACUUCAGGUUCUGGUGUCAGCAACUGUCAAUGCCACAGCACAUCAAGAUCACCGUCACCCGCAAAACCCUCUUUGAGGAUUCAUUCCAGCAAAUAAUGAGCUUUCAUCCACAAGAUCUCAGACGGAGGCUGUGGAUAAUAUUCCCUGGAGAGGAAGGCUUGGACUACGGAGGAGUGGCAAGGGAGUGGUUCUUCCUGCUGUCUCAUGAGGUGCUGAACCCCAUGUACUGCCUGUUUGAGUACGCUGGGAAGGAUAACUACUGUCUCCAGAUCAACCCUGCCUCUUACAUCAACCCCGACCACCUCAAGUACUUCAAGUUCAUUGGACGCUUCAUCGCCAUGUCCUUGUUCCACGGGAAGUUCAUCGAUACGGGAUUCUCCCUGCCCUUCUACAAGCGCAUCCUGAACAAGCCCCUGGCCCUAAAGGACCUGGAAUCCAUUGACACGGAAUUCUACAACUCCCUCAUCUGGAUCAAGGAUAACAACCUGGAGGAGUGUGGUCUAGAGAUGUUCUUCUCUGUGGACAAGGAGAUCCUGGGGGAGGUUACUACUCACGAGCUGAAGCCGGACGGAGGCAACGUACUGGUCACUGAGGAGAACAAAGAGGAAUACAUCAGGCUGGUGGCAGAGUGGAGGUUGUCCAGAGGUGUGGAGGAGCAGACCCAGGCCUUCUUCGAGGGCUUCAACGAGGUCCUCCCCCAGCAGUACCUGCAGUACUUUGACGCUAAGGAACUGGAGGUGAUGCUGUGUGGCAUGCAGGAGAUAGACCUGGUGGACUGGCAGAGGCACACCAUCUACAGACACUAUGCUCGCAGCAGCAAGCAGAUCCUCUGGUUCUGGCAGUUUGUGAAGGAGAUGGACAACGAGAAACGCAUGAGGCUGCUACAGUUUGUCACUGGCACCUGUCGGCUCCCCAUGGGUGGCUUCGCUGACCUCAUGGGGAGUAAUGGACCACAGAAGUUCUGCAUCGAGAAGGUGGGCAAAGAAAACUGGCUUCCAAGAAGUCACACUUGCUUUAAUCGACUGGACCUGCCCCCCUACAAGAGCUACGAGCAACUGAAGGAGAAGCUGAUGUUUGCCAUCGAGGAAACUGAGGGCUUCGGACAGGAGUAGUAACACACGGCAGCCUAAAUGGCCACCAUGAGGAGCCAUUCUCCACGCACUUUGAUCUGUCUAGGUUUCAGGCAGCUGCACUUUUUCCCCCAGGUCCUGACUCUCUUGAGAUGGACAGGCACUAACAGACGCGUCCCUUUCUGCCACGUUAUACAGACCCCCAAAGUCAUUACACCUGAGGUGGAAUCACUGUCUCCAUGGUGACGACCCUUCAUACUGAAUGAUUCCGCUUUCACCCCCUGACCUGUGUAACCCUGUUGAAGCUUGCCUUAUUCUGCCUAAUCAGACCAUGUGUCCGGGAAGAGAGAGGAAGGGGAGGGGAUGUUCCCUCCCCAUGUCACAUCUGCCUGUCACCUCUUCACCACAGUAGUUAAUAAUCACGGAAGAUAUUCACUACAAUGUCAGCUGUUUCAUUUCUUCCCCUUCGUCUCCCUGAGCGCAGACUGUUGAGUGUAUGAAUGAAUGCUAGAACUGUGUGCAGUAGACUCUUCCAAAAAAGUCCCCUUGUCAAUUUGUGACAUUUUAGAGUGUUUUAGUUGAUUUAACAUGUUGCUUUCCAGAUGAAAUAUUGAAUCUUAAAACAUUUACUUUGCUGGUACACCACGGUUGUGGUGGUAAGGGUUUUUGUGAAUGUUAUGAUGAAAAGCUUUAUUUUUGGCGUGCAAUAGUUUUACAGUCCAGAUGUUUAUGCCCUUUAUAUAGAUAAACCAGACGUUCAUUAAUUACCUCAAUCCAAAGUUUUUGUUUAUAAAGUCAGUUAUCAAAUCUACGUAUUGAUUUCAACCCUGAAUAUUGAAAAGGUUUUUAUAUAAUUUUUUUAUAGCCUGAAAUUGUUGUAGCAAAACAGGGUCGUAUUCAUUUUUCACCUAAUGGGAGAACAUUGAUCUUUUUUUAAAACUUUGAAUGUUUUUGUGCCUUCUGACCAUGACCCUGGUUUGUUGUGUGAUUUGACCCUUUCUUUCCCAAACAGUCGGCAUUAGGACCGUACUUGUCUACAAUAAUAGCAUUGUUUUCAUUUUUAAGGCAAACCGAAUGAGUUACUAAUGACGUGGGAGUGUCAGCAGUGUGUCAAAAGUUAAUGUAAGGACAACCGAUAAGGAAAGAGUAAAUUUAGGAAUUAGAAAUAAGACUACUGCUUGUGAAAAUCACUCCCACUGAAAGGUAAACCUUUUUUUGUUGUAUAGAGAAUUAUCAUCAACUCCAAGAUCUAAUGAUUAAGGACUAGUUUAAAUCAUAUCUGCGCUAGCUGACACCCGCAUAGCUGUUGUUUUGGUGGUGUCUGAGGUGGAACUGUGUUGGAGCUGUCAAAUCCACAAGCGGCUGAUGGGGUUUUACCUGAAGCAGACAUUGCCAUUGGAUGUCACAUUAACAGAAAUCCCAUGCAGCUGUGUUACAAUUCCGAACACUGGCAUCUGUGAUGUAAUCUACACCUCGAUUAGGAUGAUAUAAAUCCUUAUUAUUUUGUCAAUUGA